CAUUGUGCUCCAUUUAACUAAUUGAAUAAAGUUCUCAGAAGAUAAAAGAGUAUUAUUGUAUUUUUUGGUGUUACGCAAUACAAUUUCAUUGAUUAAAAUUUGUAAUAAUGUAAAGUGACGUGAAGUGAGUAGCAUUCGAUAAUAUUAAUUAAUUUAAUGCUACGUUUUAAUAAGUGCAAACAUUAUUGUAGUGUUAGUUCGAAAAUACGACACACACAGGGCAGGUAUUGUGGUUGGGAGCACGACGUAGAAAUGACGUCUCCAAAUAUAAAAGUGAAUACGUUCUUUAAAGAAAAGAAAAAAACGCCGUUCAUCGAUGCCCAGUCAAAAUUCUUCAUAAUAGUGGAAAGUAUUCUGGGUUUGAACAGAACGCCUCUGUUGUUCAGCAAAAAGAGAAAUCUAGUUGUGGCGAUUAGUUUUGGCUACUGCUUUCUAUUCAAAGCUGCUCUUGUCUACGGAACAUACAGGAAGAAGGAAUUGUUCGUACCUCAAUUUUUAUGUUUUAUCGAGUACGGCUUUUGUUGUUUAUUCAGUUUGAUAACGUGGAAGAGAAUGGAGAGAUAUUAUUCUGGGUUGAACAUGUUCGAUAAUGAAAUCGGAUGUCGACCUCAUUUGGUAGCAGCCUCCAUGAGGAAUCUUUGCUGCAUGCUGGUCUUCUCGAUUUCCGUUGGCGUAUUCUACUUUUUGACCGAUCAGUUUGAAUUGUCUAUAGAUAUGAAUAUUAUGGUCAUGCCUAUGAGCCUUAUUCAUUGCUUGGAAUUGUUUUAUUAUGGUCAGUUACUGAGCUUGCUCAUACCAAGGCUGGGUUUGAUUAAUUACUACGUCGAGUCCGCCUUGUCCAGCGGUGAGAGUGUAGCCAGGCCGAAGCUUGACGAGUUUGGGUUAUUCAAAGAGAAACACUGCAAGAACAGAGAAAUGAGUAAGUUGAUGGAUAUGUACUAUAUUGCCAUAAAAGCUUAUGACUUCUUGAUUGACGCUAUAAAAUGGCAGUUGGUUGUGAUCCUUAUAACAACAUUUGGCGUCACUCUGAAUUUUUGCUACCAUGUUUCUUUGAGCAUCAUUCGGAAUGAGAAUCCAUUUAUGGACAUAAUGAGUGACAUGGGGAUAAUAGCGGUGGAGAUGAUACCGCUGUUUUCGCCGUGUCUCUUCGGCGACCGCGUCCACAAUGAGGUGCGCCGGUUGAGGGAACUAAUCGCCUCCAGACUCUACGAGAACAAAUUGGACAAGCUCGGACGGAGCGCAGCACGGGCGCUUCUUGCUUUGACCGAAGCCCGAGACCUAUCUUUCUCCCUAUUGCGGAUGCUUCAGAUCGACAUCUCUUUGCCUUUCAAGUUUAUUGGGUUACUAGUCACUUAUCUUAUUAUUCUGCUGCAAUUCGAUAAAGUUAUUCACAGUAGCCAAUCGUAAAUUGUUAUUUACGACUGCCUACUGUGAAUAGCAUUUUAAAAAUAGUUUUACAUUUCUAACGUGCACUUGUUUGAUAAGACUUAGAAAGUUAUGGUUAUUGAUUAUGGAAAGAUAAAGUUAGAAUUUUGCCUUUGCUGGGAAACCUUAAUAUAUUUGUCGCUCAAAUGUUUUUCAAAAUGAGAAAAAUAACCACUCUGUACUACCACCUGUAAUAAAAUGUUUAUUUUGUAUUAUUGCAAGUCACUGAUUUUCACUAUAUAAAUGCCACGAUAUUCAAAAUACAGAUGUUCAGACA